UCAAGUGUUCUAACUAUCAAACCUCAGUUAGCUUAAAUCUAACCAGAAACCCUCACCAUGAAGUUCGUCGUUGCCGCCGUUGUUCUUGCCAUGGCCGUUGCCUCGGAAGCUAGUUGGCCUGCCGGCCCAUGGGGACCAUGGGGAGCUACCGUUGUUCAGGCCAACGCUGGAGCAUGGCCGUACGCUGGAGCUUAUGGCGCGUGGCCAGCCGCUGCUGGACACUGGGGUGGUGCCUGGCCUGCUGCCGCUGGACACUGGGGUGGUGCCUGGCCUGCUGCUGCCCACUGGGGAGUCCCGGCUGCCUCGGUUGCUCACCACGCCGGAGUUGUUCCCGGUGCUACCUCGGUGACUGCCAACCGUGGUGCCGUCCAUGUUGCUCCACUGCCCGGACACGCCAUCUCCCAGAAGCAGCUGAAUCUGGCUCCAGCCCCUGGAACCAUCUAAGUCGAUACUCAAUCCCUUGAUACUCACCCGUCAUCACUCCCCGCCCUGAUCAUCACAACAGGAAAAUGCUCAACUGACUCCUCCCUUCUGAAACCAAUAGAUCAACAACUGCCAUGCUUGAAACGCUAAGCCGAAACCGAAGUUCUGUGUUGUACGUUUUAAUGUGAAUAGCUAGAGGAACACUAUUUAUCGGAUGUAAAUAUAUACUUGAAUUGAGAGAAA